GAGUUUCAGGACGGUGACUCUGUUGCCUCCAUUGCUAGAGAAAAUUGAUUUUCUUCCUGUUUUAGUCUGUUAAUUUACCGUUCGAGCAUAGAAAGACCAACAGUGGAAAGUGAAAAACAGUAACGAAAAUUUGAAAUGAAUGGACCAUUGGGCCAUCCUUCCGGAAGUGGAGCUGCCGGUGGUAGUUUCUCCGGACCGCCGGCGUCGGUGCAGGAAUUCACGAUCCGGGCUCCGAAAAAUCUCAAGAAGAAGUAUCACGUCAUGCGCUACAAUGCAACGCUGAACGUGGACUUCACGCAGUGGCGUACGGUCAAGAUGGAACGGGAGAACAAUCUGAAGGAAUUCAAGGGAAUGGACGAAGAUAUGCCCAAGUUUGGUGCGGGAUCGGAAUUUAAUCGUGAUUUGCGGGAGGAGGCUCGCCGAAAGCGGUACGGAAUAAUUGCGAAGAAGUACAGACCGGAUGCACAGCCCUGGAUUCUGAAGGCCGGGGGCAAGAAAGACGGCAAAAAGUUCCGGGGGAUCCGGGAAGGAGGCGUUGGAGAGAAUGCAUCAUUCUACGUGUUUACCCACGCUCCGGAUGGUGCAAUCGAGGCGUAUCCGCUGAAUGAGUGGUAUAACUUUCAGCCGAUUCAACGGUACAAGGCACUGUCGGCGGAGGAGGCCGAGUUGGAGUUUGGCCGGAGGAAGAGGACGAUCAAUUACUUUUCGUUGAUGUUGAAGAAACGUAUGAAGAAGGACGACGAUAUUCCGGAGGAACUGGAGGAGACUAAGGGGAAGAAGGGUGGUGGGGGAAAGGCAAAGGACUUGAAGAUCAGCGAUAUGGAUGAGUGGAUCGAUUCGGAAGACAUGAGUUCCGACGAUGAUGAGGAUGCAGAAGGGAAGCCUAAAGAGAAAGAUAGCGACGAUGAAGCUGAUAAGAAGGCAAAGAACAAAAAGGCGUUGGCCGAUAUAAAGAAGAAGAAACGGGACGUUGAUGAGGAAGCAUUCGAGGAAUCGGACGAUGGAGAUGAGGAAGGUCGGGAGUUGGAUUACAUUUCGGAUUCGUCGGACAGCGAGUCGGAACCGGAGGCGAAGGCAAACAAGGAGCUGCAGUCGGUAGCGGAGGAAGAUGCUCUGCGUAAAUUGUUGACUUCGGACGAAGAUUCCGAGGAUGAAGAGAAGAAAUCGGACGAGGAUGAAAACAAGAAAGAUGAAGAGAAGAAUGGUAAAGCAAAGGACAAGGAGAAGGAAACGAAGGAAAAGGAUACCAAGGAUCAGUCGAAGAAAAAGAAGAAGGACAAAAAGAAGAAGAAGAAGCCGGAGAACGAUAAGAAGGAUUCAUCGAGCGGUUCCAGCUCGGACACUUCCGACUCUGAUGGGGACAAUAGUAAUUCCAAGCAGAAGAAGAAGAAGCACAAGAAGGAGAAGGAAGGUGCGGCGUCGAAUCUGUCCAGCGCGAACAAUUCCCGAUCGGCUUCACCGAGCAUGUCCCAGCUGGAGAGUAACAAGCGAAAGCUGGCCGGUUCCAACAUGCCAAUGACUGAUUUCAAUGGAUCGGACAACAGCAACAGUCCGAUGUCGACGCCGGCCAAGAAGGCCAAGAUGGAUUCGGGAUUGUCACUACCACCGACCUUCACCGGGCUCGUCAGUUCCAACAGCAAAGAUGACUACGGCAUUACGGAGGAGGCCGUUCGGCGCUAUCUUAUGCGUAAGCCGAUGACAACAACCGAAUUGCUGACCAAGUUCAAGAACAAGAAAACGGGUGUCUCGAGCGAGAAGCUGGUGGAAACGAUGACCGCCAUACUGAAGAAGAUCAACCCGGUCAAGCAGACGAUCCAAGGGAAGAUGUAUCUCAGCAUCAAGGUUCCCAAGUGAGGAGGAGAAAGGUGCUUCCAUGGGGGCAGACGAGGUAAGUUUGCUUCGGGUUUUUAAAAAAGUAUAUCGUAUUCUAGCGUAAUUUAUUACUCAUAGUUCCAUAAUCAAACAAUUG